UCUAUUGGUUGAUCGCGUGUAGUUAUAUUACGUUCGAUAAUUUUCGUGUUUUUGCUGACUCCAAGGAUCUUUUUUGUUACCUUUAACUAUUUUAAAAUAUUAUCGAAAUGGAAACAAACGAGUACAGUGAUUAUCGAAGCCCAUUAGCAACGAGAUACGCGUCGAAGGAAAUGCGGUACAACUUCAGUGAACAAAAAAAAUUCAGCACGUGGCGAAAACUCUGGGUCUACCUUGCAAAAGCUGAGAUGCAAUUGGGAUUGGCUAUUACUCAAGAGCAAAUCAAUGAAAUGGAGACACACAUCGAUAAUAUCGAUUUCGAAGCUGUUGCCAAAGUAGAAAAGGCUACUAGACAUGACGUAAUGGCUCAUGUUCAUGUCUUUGGGAAGCAGUGUCCUAAAGCAGCACCUAUCAUUCAUCUGGGUGCUACUAGUUGUUACGUUGGUGAUAAUACGGAUCUACUGGUACUUCAUGAAGGAUUUCAAAUUCUUUUACCUAAAUUGGCGAAAAUCAUACAAAAUCUUUCCAAAUUUGCCACAGAACAUGCGUACGUUCCAACAUUAGGAUUCACCCAUUUACAACCAGCUCAACUAACGACAGUUGGUAAAAGAGCUUCUCUUUGGCUUCACGAUUUACUGAUGGACGAAAGAGCUCUUUUACGUGCAAAAAAUGAUCUAAAGUUUCGUGGUGUAAAGGGUACGACAGGAACUCAGGCGUCAUUUCUUCAAUUGUUCGAUGGUGAUUCUGAAAAAGUGAAGCAAUUAGAUGCUUUAGUAACAAAGAUGGCUGGAUUCGAAAAGCAUUAUGCUGUUACAGGACAGACGUAUAGUAGAAAAGUAGACGUGGAAUGUUUGAUCGUUUUAAGUUCAUUAGGAGCUACUGUUCACAAGAUUUGUACCGACAUCAGACUGCUAGCGAACAUGAAAGAGUUGGAAGAACCAUUCGAGAUGACUCAGAUAGGAUCAAGUGCCAUGCCGUAUAAGAGGAAUCCGAUGCGUUCCGAAAGAUGUUGCAGUAUUGCACGUCAUUUGAUAACACUAUGCAAUAAUGCAUUUCAAACCGCAGCUACUCAAUGGAUGGAAAGAACGCUGGACGAUUCAGCCAUACGUAGAAUAACUCUUUCUGAAGCUUUCCUUUCAGCGGAUGUCAUUCUUAUGACGUUACAAAACAUCACGGAAGGUUUAGUAAUAUAUCCCAAGGUCAUUGCAAAACACGUUGCUCAGGAAUUACCUUUUAUGUGUUCUGAAAAUAUUAUAAUGGCUAUGGUGAAAGCUGGUGGCGAUAGACAAAUAUGCCAUGAAAAAAUUCGAGUACUAUCGCAAGAAGCUGGAGAUCAGGUAAAGCAACAUGGCCUCGACAAUGAUUUGAUUGAUAGAAUUAAAAGGGACCCAUAUUUUGAGCCAAUAAUUAGUCAACUCGAUGAUUUGUUAAAUCCUUCAACCUUCGUUGGUAGAGCUCCCGAGCAGGUUAUCGAGUUUAUCAAGGAAGAAGUUCAUCCUGUUCUCAAAAAAUAUAAAUACAUGAGCGGUCCGGUUGAACUUAACAUUUAAGUAACACAUCAUUUUAAUAUAAUUUUGUUAUCGUAGAAAAUUAAAUAAUUCUACAAUUUUUAUACAAUUGUUAUAUAGGAGAAAAUUUUUAAUUUCAUAUAUUUUAAAGAAAUAUAUAAAGGAAAUAUUCAAGAAUUUGACUAAAAAUCAAUUGUUUUAGUAUUAAGAAGAUCAUUUAGCACAUCAAGAAGCAUAUUUAUAGUAAGAACAAUAAGAAAUCACGCUUUUAAUAUCCAGAAAAAAAAUUAAUCAUUCUUGUAAAUAUUAAUCAUUGCGCCUAGAAACAUCCAACCAUCCAUACCAGCUCGUCGAUAAUAUCCCGUACAAAAGUCAAUAAGUAUCAAUAAGAAACUUUCAACUGCUGUACUUGACAAAAGAUUAAAAUUUUAUAUUACAUGUA